AUCAUCCUGCAAACCUUCAGAACCACUCGAGGCUCCGAACGCCGCCACCUCCAAUAUCCCACGCUCACACCCCAAGCCAGCAUCACGCGGCCUCCAUCAACUCCCUGAACAGAGGGAACUUCACGCCACGCAGCAACCCCAGCCCAGCGCCUACUGACCACUCUCUUUCUGGAGAACAACCAGCCGGCACCCAGGAGCCAGCCCAUGCUCAGGACAACUGGUUACUUAACAGCAACAUCCCGCUGGAGACUAGAAACAUAGCAAAGCAGACAUUCCUAGAGACAUUGCAGGACAACCUCAUUGAGAUGGACAUUCUCACCUCCUCCCGACAUGACGGUGCUUACAAUGAUGGGCACUUCCUGUUCAAACCUGGAGGCACUUCUCCCCUUUUUUGUACCACGUCGCCGGGAUAUCCCUUGACGUCCAGCACUGUGUACUCACCUCCCCCUAGGCCCCUGCCCAGGAGCACGUUCUCCAGGCCUGCCUUUAACCUGAAGAAACCCUACAAGUACUGUAACUGGAAAUGCGCUGCGCUCAGCGCCAUCGUCAUCUCCGUCACGCUGGUGAUCCUGCUGGCGUAUUUUAUAGCCAUGCACCUGUUUGGCCUAAACUGGCACCUGCAGCCGAUGGAAGGGCAGAUGUAUGAGAUCACGGAAGACACAUCGAGCAGUUGGCCAGUGCCAACGGACGUCUCCUUAUAUCCUUCGGGGGGCACAGGGUUAGAGUUACCUGACAGGAAAGGCAAAGGAGCCGGUGAAGGAAAGCCCAGUAGUUUCUUUCCAGACGACAGUUUUAUAGACUCCGGGGAAAUCGAUGUUGGCAGAAGAGCCACACAGAAGAUCCCUCCUGGUAUCUUUUGGAGAUCUCAGGUGUUCAUUGACCACCCAGUGCAUCUGAAAUUCAAUGUGUCUCUAGGAAAGGCUGCUCUGGUGGGCAUCUAUGGCAGAAAGGGCCUCCCGCCGUCACAUACACAGUUUGACUUCGUUGAGCUCCUUGAUGGAAGACGUCUACUAACGCAGGAGGCAAGAAGCCUAGAAGGACCUCAGCGGCAACACAGAACUUUUAUGCCACUGUCCAGCCACGAGACAGGGUUUAUCCAGUAUUUGGAUUCAGGAAUAUGGCAUUUGGCCUUCUACAAUGAUGGCAAGGAGUCAGAAGUGGUUUCUUUUCUUACUACUGCUAUUG